AUGGGUUUCCUGACGACCUUUCGAAAUACUAGUGGCGGCAGCAGCCCCAAACGAACACGAAGUAAGAGUCCCGGUCCUUUCUCCCGAUCGCAGCAACAGCAACAUCAGCAACAGGAGGACGGCUACCUCCUGGAUCGCUUGGGUGGCAUGCCCAUGCUGAAUUCCAUUGUGAAUGACUUUGUGAAUCGAUCAGGAACAGAUCCACGCCUAAUACCGUUUUAUGAAGGCGUCGACUACAGGAUUCUAUCAGAGCAUCAGAAGCGCUUCUUUGCAAUGGCAUUUACCAAAGUCCCAGAGACUGCACACCUCGAGCUAGUCAUCAAGAAGAGACAUCAGCAUUUGUUUGUGAAAGGAUUGAAUGAAUCUCACUUUGAUAUUAUGGUUGGUGAACACUUGGUUGGUGCUCUUAGGGACCGUGGAUUCAAUGAUGCCGUUAUCAACGAGGCUACCACCAUCAUUGCCCCCCUGCGGAAGGUCUUUGAAAAGGCAGCCAAAGAAGCAUCUUGGAAUGGAAGAGUUCCAACAAUUUUGAAUAUGCGGAGCCAAGCCAUCACAUCCAACUCUUGA